UGUGUCUGUGAAGAGAGAGCCUGUGGUUCCCAGGCAGCCCAGUAAUGCUUCACGUCUCAGCUUCUCUGCAGGAUGGUGCCCAAGGUGUGAAACACCUGCCAGUUCAGCUGCUGCUCCUCUACAAACCUUCACGCCUUCCCACCACUGCUCUGUCAUGUGGCAUCCAAUCUCCUGGACACCACGUGCCCAGUGGUCACCAAACCGCUUAAAGCUGGUCACUGUCUAUGUGCUGGUGCUCUUGGUAUCGCUCAGCUUUGCUUCAGGACACAGCAGGCCAUUUAAACAUCAGAUAGACAACAGAAGUCCUGAGAUUGAUCCUUUUUGGUAUGUGGGCCGUGGGGUUCGUCCCAUCGGCAGGUUUGGGAAGAGGCAGCUGAGAAGCAGCCAUGGCACCCUCAGGCCUGUGAGCAGACACCUGGAUUUCAUUUUGAAUGCUUUGUGGAAGCAAAAAAUGUUGGACACAGAAGACAGUGACUGGUGAUCUUUGUUCCCCAAGGUGGUGACCCAGCCUCUGUUCUUUGAGUUGUGCCCUCCCCUGCACCUCAGACCUACAGUUCUGCUUUUGCCCAGCAAUUCCACGCUGCUUUUCUUUUUGCUCCUUGUGCAAGUUCAUUCAAAAAAAAACAUGUUCAGGGUGCAGGUAAAAGACAAUGCAUGGACACAAGCAAUGAUUGCCACCACAGCCUAUAAAAAUGUUUCUUCAUCAUGCAUCCCCACCAAUCUCCUGAUGCUGUUCACUGUAAUGCUAGGUUUAUCCAAAACCAACACAGCUUUUGGGCUGGGAUUUAAACAUGACAUGUAUCAUGAAACCCUCCUGUCUCAUUUCAAAGUCAAUGGCUGUUGAUUUGUAAAAAUAAAAAGCAAUGGUUGGAAGAAAGAAAAAA